AUGAAAUUUAAUUCUCUAUAGGCUACUCCAAGGAGAAAAAGAUAACAGUGUGAUGCUUUAAUUCCAAUUCCUAAAACAUUUGCUGUUAAUUAGUUGCUAAUAAAUAAUACAUUUUAAGACUUUAAACCAAAUAAGUCAAAAUGUUAUAAUUCUUAACUCAGGAGUACUAUGUAUGCUGAAAAUUCAGUAUUUUCUUCUACAAGCAGUUAUUCCUAAUCAUAAUAUGAGCCUAAAUAAGAACCAUUUUAUAUAGACACAAUUUAAAAAGUCAAAAAAGCUCUAAGCCAUAAGCAAAAUCUAGAAGAUGAAUUAAAAUCAGAAUUAAGUCCAUUGAGAUAAGCAGAAUCGAAUGAAUCUAAGCUAUAUAAUAUAAACAUCAACGAAAAUGUAAAUUUAGCUAAAAGAAAAAAGCUUAUGAAAAUAUCUACUGGUAAUGAAGAUGCUUUAGCUUUUUUUUAGCCAAAUAAGACAAUGAGCUUAACAUCUAGGUAAAAAAAUAAAAAUUUUUAAAAACCUUUUGAAGAGCCUUAAACCUCAAGAUACAGAAACACAACUGUUUUUUCUUAAAUUGACUAACAUAAUGCAGGUUCUCUUACAAACAGAAAAAAAAGUGAUAGUUUUUCUAAGCAUAUUGACAGCUUUUCAAUAUUAGAGAAAUAAAUGAAUAUACAACAAAAUAAUAGUUUUAAUUAAAAUAAGCUUAAUAAUGAAUAAUAAAAUACACAAAUAAAUUACAAUGCUGACAACUAAAUCAAGCAAAAUAUUAGUGAAUAACUAAAUUCAUAUAGAAACACAUUAGCUCUAGCUGAUAAACAAGAUCAUCGAUAAUAUUACGAGCCUGAAAUAUCGAAUCCUUAAACAGUAAAGAGAGCUAAUAAAUCAUCUUCAGGUAAAAGAGAGAAAUAUCAUUCCAACACUUUUUUUAGACUUGAAGAAGAAAAAGCUCUAUAAUUUGAAAACUCAUAAGAUAUAAUAGAUAUGGCUGAAGUAGCAAUGAAAAAUUUGAGUCAUUAAUAAGUAUUAUAAAAGAGAAAAAAAUUGUAUGAGCCAGAUAUUCUAGAUGAUGAUGAAAAUAAUAAACAAAUCAAAUGUAAUUUCAUACAAAAAACAAAUUUAAUUCAUCAGCUAGAAGAACCAGAAUUGAAUCACCAUAUUAAAGAAAGAAUAGAUGCUUUAUAAAAUAUUGAAAACUACAGAUAUUAAAAGAAGUAUGGACUUGUAGAAAUACUAAAAGAAGCUGAUUAAAUAAAAAAUGAGAGAAUAGUAACAAAAUAAAAAAUAUAUAUGUCAAAUUAUCCCUCUUAGGGUCUUCAAGAAGCACCUUUUAGAAAAAAUUCUUACAUCAAGCACAGCAGAGAAUUAUCUGAAUUUCACAUUGACAAUGUUCAUAAUAGGCUCUAUGAAAAAAAUUAACAGUUAAAUGGAAAUUAAAAUUCAAGUAAAAAUAAGGAAUAAACUGAGAAUAUCUGUAACAAAAAAAUAUCAAAUAGCUUUGAUACAAAUAAUAAUUCGGUAGGAGAUGUAAAAUAGAAUUAGCACACAAGAGAAAUCAAAGACUACUAAAAAAUUCUUAGAGAUAUGAAGAAACAGGGAGAAUACUAUACAAAAGUAUCAGAAUUACUGAAUACAAUUUACUUUUCUACUCCAGAAGAUUCUUUCAAAGAAGAAGAACUAAAGCUAUUUAGAAGACAUUAAUAAGCUAUUUUCGAAGAAAUUUAAUCAAAGAAAAAAAAGUGA